AUGAUGUCGAUGGAACGCUCUUACAAUGCAUCAGAAGACGAGCAGAGGAGCGCACCGAAAAUGCAACGAGUGGAGGAUAAUCGGGUAAUUUUAUAGUGUCCCUUGUUGGUCCUAUAACAUUUAAUUUAGGCACAGCCACGAAAUGAUGCGUCAGCUCUGGACCAUUUGUAAGCUGUAAGUUUUGAUAGAAUCUAUUCUAGAGAUCUUAAUUUUGUAUGAAAUUUGAUAGUAAGCUCAUUAGACAUGCAUUAGUACUAGUUUUCGGUGAAUGAUACAUUUACGACUAAGCAGAAAGCCAUAGUUUUAUGUUGUUUGGAAGAAAGUUCCCAUAUGAUCCAUUUCCUCUCUUUUAUCACCAUCAUUUGUCAUUAAAACAAUUUUUAUCGCCCUCUCAACUCCAUUCCUCUAUUUUAUGUGCGCUUAUCAAAAUGCGAGCGCCACGGCACGGCACACUGUUUCCCUUAUCUUCCAUUCAUUUAUGUAUUUUUGACGGUGUAGAGCCACUCGAAAAUAACCAGUCAAUCAAUAUUUGUGUCAAUAAAUACCGAAGAUACAUCUUACUUUUUGUCUUUAACGGUUGAGCUCCGGUUUUAACUGCCUGUUUGUAUACUUCUCGCAUUUUUUGCUGUAUAAUCAAUUACAAUCGAUUGCAGGGUUCACAGUACAAAUUUGUAGGCAAUCGGAAAAUUAAUCGGUGAGUGAUGUUCAAGUGCGCUUUCAAAAGUUUAGCGUUUUUCGUAGAAGUAGCUGUUCAAAUUCAACGCUUUUCCGAACAUUUCCUCGAGGAAAAAAGGCUUAUAACAUUUUGCGCCAAAAAUACGGGUUUUAUGUCCAUUUUCGAUAAUUCUACAGCUCAAACGCCCAGAACGGCCAUAUUUUUGUGCGUAUGAACUUUUAGAACUGAUUUUAUCGCGAAAAUGGCCCUGGCGCUCACUAUCUACGAAAAUGGGCUAUAAAAUUACGAUUUUACAGCGGAGAAGAGAAAAAAAAGCGGCUUCCAUAGACCGAAUGGCGUUGAGCCUCACUCGCACAAUUAAUUUUUCAGAAAAUGUCACCAAAGCGCAAGACAUUCUCAAAGCCUGUCAAGCUGGUCAUGUCGAAAAAGAGAAACGCAGUGAGAGUUCAGCGACUCGUGAAAAAGCUGAAAAUCGAUUUGAAAGCGUCAAAGAUGGAGCGAAUGCAGACGCGGGACGAAAUCUACGACCUACGGACGACGAUCGAAGAGCAGAAAAGAGACGUCGAACGGCACGAAAUGUCGUACGAUGCGGCGAUGAGACGGGCGGAGAAAUGGAGAGAGGCCGAGGAGAGGGCGUCGAAGAAAGUGAAAGAACUUACGAGAACUUUCAAGAACAUCGAGGAGGUCGCGUUGGAAAUGCAGCAGUACGAAGCGGUAAGAGAUCGACGCAGCCAGGAAUUGGCGGCCGAGAAUAAGAAACUGCGCAGGGAGGUUGGCAAGAAACAACGCGAGAACAAAAAGUUGCAUCUGGAGUUGGAGCAGUACAGGAGUGGCCGAAUUGUGUGGAUCUGGAAGAAAUUGUAUCUAGGAUGGACGUACGGACGCGACAGAAUCGCGAAAUCUCUUGGGUUCUAAUCUUGCCAUAAUUUCAUAAAUCAUUCAUCAUGCUACCUACUUUUAAAUAUUCGCUUUUAACUAAUGAUGGUUCUUGUCCAUCUAUGUACACUAUCUGUUUCUUUUCUCUACCUUCCCUAGGUUCCUCUAAUAUUGUAUUCUUGCAGAAAUAAUGUCCGACGCCGAAGAAGAGCCCGUCAUUGAGCGUCGUCUAACCCGCUCGCAACAAUCAUCGAGCCGCGAAGACGAUCUCGUGAAGAACAUCGAGAAACUUCAAAAAGAGCUCAGAAAGCAGCAGCGGAUCGUUAAAGACCAUAACAGGCAAAUGUCAAUUAUGGAGCACAAGUAUAGGGAGCAGUUGAAAGAAAAGGACAGACUGUACGAGGCGCGCACCUCGCGAACCAUGAUGCUCCAGAGACAAGUUGCGAACAAGAGCCGCGAGUGCGUACUCCUGAGCACCAAGGACGGCUACCGAGACAUGUGGCGAGAGGAGAGGGACAACACGGAACGCCUAAGAAUGGGAAUCCGAGUACUCGCACAGCAACUCGAGGGAAAUAUGAGCGCGGCCGGAGCCAAGUUCCCGUGGAAAGAGUGCGACAUUUGCAUUCGGGAGUUCAAGGAUGCGGCCGAGUUGGUUCCGAGAUUCCUUCGUGAGUUUAUGCAUCAGGGUCGGGGUAGCUCGUUUUCCAAGGUUCAACUAAAUCGGUUACAAUUUGAUAACCGCUGAGGAGCAACUAAAGUUAAUUGAAUAAGGUUAAUUAAUUAUACUAAAGUUUUUUAUAAUCAUAAAGUCCAAUAACUUCUUUCUAAUUUCCAGCGUGCGGCCACACGUUCUGCCACAGCUGCCUCGAACAGCUCAGCGGAUGGAACGACACUGUGCGUGGAUUCAUCCGGUGCCCGGUCGAUCGCAAGAAUUUCGUCGUGGACAAGGUCGCGGAUCUCCCGAAAAACUACAAAAUUCUCCAUCAAUAA